ACAAAAUUGGUCUCAUCUCAAAACCAAAAACGACACUCACACAUACUCCCCAGAAAAACACUUCAACCACCUGGCCAUUAUUUACGGGGGAUCUUUUCUCUUUCUCAGAGCAAAUCAUUCAAACCAAAAUAAAAAUACCAAAAAUGGGUUGUCAAAGGUUACUACUUCUACUUAUUAUAGUAACACUAACACUCUCUGCUUCAUCUUCUUCUGCUAAUCAUUACAUCCGACCAAAACCUCGUCAGCUUCUUCACUUCCCAUGGCAUAAUCGUGGCUCCUCCCAACCUCAACAGGUACAUGUAUCGUUGGCAGGAGACAACCAUAUGCGAAUCUCAUGGGUUACGGAUGAUUCAUCUGCUCCUUCUAUAGUUGAAUACGGAACGUCACCAGGACAGUACUCUGCAAAAGCUCAAGGAGAGAGCACUUCCUAUACAUAUCUCUUAUAUAGCUCAGGGGAGAUACAUCACACUGUUAUUGGGCCACUGAAACCUGGCACUGUAUACUUUUAUCGUUGUGGAGGGGAAGACCCGGAGUUCCAGCUAAAAACUCCUCCAGCUCAACUACCCGUUACUUUUGCUAUUGCUGGUGAUUUAGGUCAAACAGGCUGGACAAAAUCAACUCUGGACCACAUAGAUCAAUGCAAGUAUGAUAUGCAUUUGCUUCCAGGAGAUCUUUCUUAUGCUAAUUACAUGCAGCACAGGUGGGACACAUUUGGUGAACUAGUUCAACCACUCGCUAGUGCAAGGCCUUGGAUGGUUACACAAGGAAACCAUGAAAAGGAAUACAUCCCUUUAGUGAAAGAUAGCUUCAUAUCAUAUAAUGCACGAUGGAAAAUGCCAUUUGAGGAGAGUGAUUCAAGUUCCAAUCUUUAUUAUUCUUUUGAAGUUGCAGGGGUCCAUGUCAUCAUGCUCGGUUCAUACACAGAUUAUGAUGAGUAUUCUGACCAAUAUGGUUGGCUAAAGGCUGAUCUUGUCAAGGUAGACAGGAAAAGAACACCUUGGUUACUAGCUUUGUUUCAUGUGCCUUGGUACAAUAGCAACGAAGCUCACCAAGGUGAAGGAGAUGGGAUGAUGUCAGCUAUGGAACCCUUGCUCCAUGCUGCUGGUGUUGACAUAGUGUUUGCGGGGCAUGUGCAUGCGUAUGAACGCUCGAAACGGGUGUUUAGUGGUAAAUCUGAUCGCUGUGGUGCUGUCCAUAUAACCAUUGGUGAUGGAGGGAACUCUGAGGGUUUAGCUCGAAGGUAUAAAAAUCCACACCCCGAGUGGUCAGUGUUCCGAGAAGCGAGCUUUGGCCAUGGAGAAAUCCAGAUAGUCAACUCAUCUCAUGCUGUCUGGAGCUGGCAUAGGAAUGACGACGAUGAGCCAGUUCAAUCUGAUGAGGUCUGGAUAACCUCAUUAGCUAGCUCAGGAUGCCUUGCAGACAACGCACAUGAAUUCAGGAAGUUACUUACACAAACGUAGGUCUGUUACAAAAUAGCAUCUGUUUCCGUAUUUCUAUCAUCAGUUAGCAGAAAGCCAUGUAGAUAUCAUCAUCAAAUCUUGGUGUUUGUACCCUGCAAAAAGACGGUUAUGGAAUUUGUUUUAUAACCUCUGCCGUCACUAGAACUUAUGCCGUUUAGGUCCAGAAGAUCCUGUAUCUUGCUUAUGUACUUGAAUUUUUAUCCACAGCAACACUAACAAUGUGUUUGUAACUGCAUAGUUGUAAUCUUAACCUUCACCUUUAUAGUUAUAUAUAUGUAUAUUGUUGUUCUUGAUAUCAGAA